UCUGCUUCUCUUUCCUGGGACGUGUGCAGUGAAAGUGAGCGGUCUGCCCCUCUCAUUCACUCUGAACUCAUCACAGUCCACGCACACAGCUACACUGACACUCUCAAAGCCUGUCUGUUCGUCACCUUUCCUGCUUCUCUUUCAGCGAUCAUCCGUUUUCCACUCCGUUUCACCUUUCCGUGGGCAUGCAUCAGCGCGGUGGCGGGCACCGGGAGGGCUGCUGGAGUCGCGCGUGGAUAAAUGUUUGCAGAUGCAUUUUAUAUUUAUUUCUGCUAUUAAGUCUGGAGCGGAGCACCGUGCACUCAGCACAUACAGAUGGAUCGGACACUUUUGCCUUUUUCCACGAGGGAGCGCAGGGCUGCCUGGGGGUACGAGAUCACAUGCUCUACCUCACUUCUUCCUGCAAGGGUGACACCCAGCUGUGGAAAUGGGUGACCAGGGGGCGGCUCUUCAAUAUUGGCUCCUCCCUCUGCCUGGGCAUCACCACGGGCAACAUGAGCACAUCUGGCGACAAGUCACCACUGGGCGUGUUUCGCUGUGACUACGAGCCUCCGCGAGUGCGCUGGACCUGGAGCUGCAGCAAGUUCUUGGAGAUACUUGAAAAUUACUUUCCCUCCCCUAAAUUACUUCCCAACACUGGCAAUGUCUCGGCCGCCGGCUCCCCACCUGCAAGAUCCCACUCCCAAAAGUCUCUGUGGCGAGUCUAUGACAAUCAAGACCUUUGCGCCAAGUCAUACCGAGAAAUCUACACCAUCCAAGGAAACUCUCACGGCAGCCCAUGCUACUUCCCCUUCCUGUACGAUGGCCAGUGGUUUCACAGUUGCACCAGUGUGGGCAGGGAGGAUGGCUUUCACUGGUGUGCCACUACUCAUGAUUACGGAAAGGACCAGCGCUGGGGCUUCUGCCCAGUGAAGAGUACCAACUGUGAGACGUUUUGGGACAUAAACCCUUUGAUGGAUAACUGUUACCAGUUUAACUUUCAGGCCACGCUGUCCUGGAGUGAAGCACGGACCAGCUGCCAACAGCAGGGAGCGGACCUGCUCAGCAUCACUAAAGUAGAGGAACAAAUCUUUAUCAACGGGUUGCUAACUGGGUACAGCUCCACCCUGUGGAUGGGCCUGAAUGAUUUAGAUCUCAAUGGAGGCUGGCAGUGGGCUGACUCCGCCCCUCUCAAAUAUCUAAACUGGGAAACAGAAAUGCCAAGCUAUGACGAGGAGGAAAACUGUGGAGUGAUCAGUACCGAUACUCAAGGUCGCUGGCACAACCGGGACUGUUCAGUGGCUCUGCCUUACAUUUGCAAGAAACGACCCAAUGCCACACUUGACCCCUUCACCACAGACUCCUGGGCAGAUGAUGGCCGGUACCAGUGUGAUGUAGGCUGGCAAAACUUCCAGGCGGGCUGCUAUAGGCUGACCUCAGACAACCUGGACUGGAGCUCCGCCCACAAAAUGUGUCAAAAGAUGGAGGCUGACCUCGUUAGCAUCCACACCCUCCCAGAGCUUGAAUUCAUCACUAAGCAUAUGAAGAAAGAUAUAGAGGAGUUAUGGAUUGGUCUACAUGAUACAGCUAUGCAGAUGAACUUUGAAUGGACCGAUCGCACUCCAGUCAUCUUCACUUACUGGCACCCAUUUGAACCCAACAAUUUUCGAAAUGUAAAUGAGGAUUGUGUUACCUUCUGGGGGCCUGAGGGCCGCUGGAACGAUAGCCCAUGUAAUUACUCGCUGCCCUCGAUCUGUAAGAAACCAGCACAGAAGUCUGAUGACCGGAUAGAGGACCACGGCUGCAAACGGGGUUGGAGAUGGCACAGUCCUUCCUGCUUCAAGGUUGGAGAAGAAUCUCUGACCUUUAAUGAUGCGAAAGGAAUGUGCGCUAGCAACAAUGCCACACUCGUCAUUAUUAAUAACAGGUUCGAGCAGGCCUUUGUGAGCAGCCUGGUGUUUGGCCGAUCUGCCGAUCAGUUCUGGCUCGGCUUGUAUAAGGAGAACAGCACCGGCACGUUCCGCUGGAUAACGGGAGAGGAGCUCACAUACACCAACUGGAACAGAGACCAGCCAGCACAGAUUAAGGGGGGUUGUGUGGUGAUGGUGGCGGGGCAGGCCAUGGGUCUGUGGGAGGUCAAGGACUGUGCCAGUGUCCGCUCCAAAUACAUAUGCAAACAGAAUCAGGACUCUCUCAUCCCCAGCCCCCCUGUUCCUCAGCCCACACCCUCCCUAACCGGAUCAUGCCCAUCGGGAUGGAAAAGCACCAAUAAGUUCCGCUACUGCUACAAGGUUUUUCAUGCAGGCGCACUGGAGAAGAGACUCACUUGGAUUCAGGCUCACAAGUUCUGCCAGAAACAUGGAGCUCAGCUCGCCAGCUUCAGCACGCCAGAGGAAGAGACCUUCGUCUUCCAGAUCCUCCAUGAGGCCUUCGGGGAGGCGGAGGAUCAUGAGCAGCACUGGCUGUGGAUCGGAAUUUCCCGCAGGAAUAGUGACAGUUGGACAUGGAGUGACGGAUCAGCUGUGUCCUAUCAAAACUUUGGCAGGGGGAAUUAUGGGUCUGCUGAGUGUGGAGCGGCUAACAUGGCUGACACCAACUGGCUGGUAUCACACUGCGAGUCUGAGCUGGACUGGAUCUGCAAAAUACCGAAAGGGAAGGUAGAAGAGGAACCUGAGAGCCAUGAAGACACCGAUUUCGAGUGGGUCGAUUUUGAGGAGGCCCAGUAUAAAAUGUUUGAACAUCGCUCCACGUGGGACCAGGCUCAGAGGAUCUGCUCCUGGAUCGAAGCCUCCCUGGUCUCCAUGCACUCUCCUAAGGAGAAUCAGUUUUUGGUUAGCACUUUACGCAAGAUGUCCCGCAAAGAAAAUGACCUGUGGUGGAUUGGCUUGCACAGUCUUAAGAACGAUGGGAGAUUAAGGUGGUCUGAUCAUUCGGUGCUCAAUUAUGUGUCCUGGGGACUAGGACAGCCUCGCCCAAUCAGCAAAGAGUCCAAAUGUGUCCACAUCUCUGCCUCAAAAGGUGACUGGUCAGACCAGAAGUGUCACGUCGAUCUGCCAUAUGUGUGUAAGAGGGUGAAUGUGACGGGUACCAUCCCUCCCACACCCCCUCAUCCUCUCAUACCUGCCGGCUGUCCUCAGGGCUGGAGUCCUUUUCUACACAAGUGUUAUAAGGUGUUUGGAGAAGAGCUGUCGAGUCGUAGCACUUGGGAAUCUGCCUCCAAGACGUGUCUGACACAAAGAGCCACACUAGUGACAGUGCCAAACCACAGAGUGCAGGCGUUCCUUGUGACUCUGCUGCCCAACAGUAGUUUCCAUGUGUGGGUGGGGCUUAAUUCAGAAUCACAGGCUCAGUUCAAGUGGUUUGAACCUGGGUUCCUUAGCUAUACUAACUGGGCUCCUGGAGAACCAGUGGACAACAGACAAAUGAAAAGCCCGGGUAACUGCAUAGUGCUUCUUCAUGGUAGUCCUCCCCGGAUGAUGGGCAUGUGGGCGUCUCGCAGGUGUGAUGCAGAGAAACACGGCUUCAUCUGUAUGAAAGAGAAAGACCCUGCCUUGCCCCCUGCCGUGGACCCUCUUCCCCCAAUAAUAGAUGGCAUGUUAGAAUUUGCUGGCGUGCAGUACCGGGUCUUGCAGAAGCCUCUGGACUGGUACACAGCUGUGCAGAUGUGUGAAUCCGUCAACGGAUCGCUGGCAGCGGUGAGGGAUCCUCAGCAGCACGCCUACCUCAUCCUCCUCCUCAGCUCGCUCCACAAACCCGCCUGGAUCGGGCUACACAACGAUGGGGGUCGGAGCUACACGUGGUUGGGAGAAGAGGAGCUCACCUUCAGUGACUGGCGGGAUGGAGAGCCUAAUCAAAUGUAUGGAUGUGGUCACAUGACCGUUGAAGGCCAGUGGACUGUGGCUGCUUGUAAUACAAAAUUAAAUGCUGCCAUCUGUGAAAUGAACACCGAGAGAAGGAUAGACCACAGGUGGAUGUAUCCAGGGUUUUGUCCACAUCCUGUAGGUAACUGGUCCUGGGUUCCUUUCAGAAAUCAAUGCUACUCGUUCAUCCUCCAUGAGCUACAGUUUAAACAUGAGGCCAUACGCAUGUGUAACAAAGUGGGAGCGAAGCUAUUGACAAUAUUAGAUGAAAACGAGAACAGUUUUGUAUGGGAGCAUAUGCAGAGUUUUCAACAACAGGCCCACGGCGCUUGGCUUGGAAUGAUCUUUAACACCAAAGAAGGCAGUCUGGAGUGGUCAGACAGUCAAGUAGUGGACUACAGUAACUGGGAGCAGCAGGACGCUAAUCUGAGCAUGCUGUCCGCCAACAGCUGCUUCUGGGUCCAGAGCAACACGGGCCUCUGGAGGCCGGGGUCCUGCAAAAACCGCACACAUGGAGUCAUCUGUAAACGACCACGGGUAGGAGCCACAGCAGAGCCUGUAGUUCAUUCCAAGGUCGACCAUCUUCAUGUAUUGAUUCAGGUUCUGGUUGCAGCCCUCGUUCUGAUUGCUCUGGUGGUGGGAGGGAUUUAUCUGUACCGUAGGCGGAGCUUCGGCUCCAUGGGUGCCUAUGAGAGCGCUCGGUACAGCCGCACUAACUCCGCCCCCUCCGAAGAAGCUGAAAAAAACAUUCUCGUUUCAGACAUGGAGUUAAACGAACAAGGCGAAUAAUGCUGGAUAUGUUCGAAACACCUUGGAAAUCAAAUCUGCCAUGGCAGCAACUCACUGAGAGAAUUUACGUUUAAAAUGAGCUGCGGUUUUGUUUUUUGUGUUUGUUUUUCCAGAGACAUUGAGAGAGCUGUGUAGAACGCAGCAGAUGAUCAACCAAAAUCAACAGAGACAAAACUCCAUCAAAUCCAUCUAAGCCUGUCAACCAAUCAAAUUCCACCAUCUCAGAGGAGCUGUUUUGAUUGGCUAGUGUGGAAGAUUCUUUUUUGUUUGUCUUUAUCCGGUUAUGGAAAUCAAGUUUAUAUGCAUAUUUUUUUCAUGUCCUUUAUGUCAUAGUUAUUCUUUAGUGCCAAAAGGAACCCCCCCCCAUGCACCCCAAAAAAUCACAUUGACUUGAACUUCCAUUAAACGUCCAGACUAUGAGAGCGCACAAUCACACAAACUGCAAGGUAACACCACAACAGUAUUUCUUUUCUUCAGACUGUGACUUUCAAAUUUAUUUGUUGUGACUUUUUUGUUGCUGUUUUUUUUUUUUUUUUGUGCAGCUUAUUUUGAUGUUGUUUGGGUCAGAAUCCAGGUCCCCCCAUGGAUCAAUCUGAAAACGAUACUCAUAAUAAUUACAAAUCACAUGAAACGAUGGUAUGUUUGAAGUUCAGUGGUGCGGAACCAAAAAAGAAAAAAGAAAAAAAGCGCUGCGGACAGAAAUAGACAGAUGAAAGUGCAUGAGAAUGAGCCUGUCACAAGCACCGCAGUAUCUUUCUUUCUCUCUAAUCCCACACUGGCACAGAGCUGCCCAACAGGAAGUUUGAACUCACUGUAAUGGUUUUCUUGAUCUCAGCCGCUACGAUGAGCUCAUGUAAAAGCUGAAUCCAAACAGUACAGGGAAUGAAACUUUAACUUUGUUCUUUUAUCUCUACUUAGUCUUUCUUUUCAACUCUUAACUUUUCCCCAUUUUCUUGCCUUCCUUUUUUCCCCUUCGGCUCUUGGCAAGGCCUCGAGGUGAAACCAGCUGUGGAAUGUCGAGUCAGCAAGUGGAGCAGAUCUGGAAUCAAUCAGGACACUGGAGAGAGAGAGAGAGAGAGAAAAGUGAAAGAUGAAUGGGUUUUUCAGAAAGGGUUAAGGGAGGAGAAGGAGGCGGGACUUGCAAGAGAAAGGGAGGUUAGGUGAGCAGGGAAGCGCUGGCGACUGAGAGGGGAGUUAUGUUCCUGCUCUCUGCUGGAGAUUUGCACAAAUAGCUUAACUAUGAGCCAUUUUAGUGCUGAGGAUAGUUUGGCCAAAGAAAUCAAAUGUUGUUGCUAAUGUUUCCAGUUGUAUAGAUUGUUGCCUUUACAUUCUUUCUUAGAUGUAUUUCUCAAGGUUUAAAGGAAUAAUAUGCGUUUUGUAUAUUGCCUUUAAGGGAUAGUUCACUCAAAAAUGAAAAUUUGUUUAAAACUGAUCUCAUCCUCAGGCCAUCCGAGAUGUAGAUGAAUAUCGGGACAGACUUGGAGAAAUUUAGUUUUAAAUCACUUGUUCACUAAUGGAUCCUCUGCAGUGAAUGGGUGCCGUCAGAAUGAGAGUCCAAACAGCUGAUAAAAAUAAAACAAUAAUUCACACAUCUCCUGUCCAUCAUUUAACACCGUGUGAACCCCAAAAGCUGCAUGUAGGAAAGAAACAAGGCCUUUUUAAAGCAAUAUUAUGGAUAGUGUACGUAAGUCAAAAGCAACAUUUGAAGUUAAAAGCAUCUUAAUGAUGAAUUUGUUUCUUAAAAAAAAGUUUUUCACUUCACAAGAGAUAACCUGAUGGACAGGAGAUAUGUGAAUUAUUGUGAUGUUUUUCUCAGCUGUUUGGACUCUCAUUCUGACGGCACCCAUUCACUGCAGAGGAUCCACUGGUGAACUAAACUGCUCAUUUAAAAGAUACAUUUCUCCAAAUCUGUGCUGAUGAAGAAACAAUCUCAUCUUCAUCUUGAUGGCCUGAGGAUGAGUAAAUUUUCAGCAAAUUUUCAUUUUGGGGUGAAAAGUAAGCAGUGCUUGCCAGUGCAAAACUCCUCACAGUGAUGACAGGGUUUGUCGAUUGUUGCUAGGAUGUUGUUAUGUGGUUACUAAGAUUUUUAAUGCAUUUCUAUGCCGUCGCUUACUCAAAAGAGCUCAACUCCAAGUUCCUAUGAUAGUCUGAUUUAAGUGUUAUAUCUAGGUUUAAGAGUUUGUUCGGAUAAGUAUGGGGAAUGAUAUUAGUAAUUCUUGUUUUGCAAACACCACUAAUAAUCCGUAACCAGUGCUUCCAUAUAUCCAUACUAACUUUACUCGCAAGCCUUUGUUUUUAGAGAGCUAGGUGGCACCAGUCCAGCACUUAUAGACUAUUCUUCACUUUAAACUUUCUUGCUCACUGUUAAAACAUCGUUUUUGCUUAGCAUUUCUGUUAUAUCUAUGACAAUAGAUUUGUAUGAAACUGCCUUUAAUAUCGUUUUAAGGAAUGACAUGACCGUGCGGUUAUUAUAAGCAGAAGUAUAGCGUAAUAUGCAGUAGGCCUACAACAUCAGGCGGUUGUUUCUCAACUCUGAAAUGAAACGUUUGACCUUAUAUAAAGCAUCAGAUUAUGUGAUUUCACCACAUACAUAGCCUAUGAUAUCACACACAGCCAUCAGGACAUUUCACAGGCGAAAUCAUUUUUAAGAUUUGUGAAACAGUUUGUGUGAGUGGUUCAGAUUGAAUUAGUCCUCAACAAAUAGAGAAUGGGAAACACUUUUAAUGACUGAAUGAUAGAAAAACAAUGAAUCACCUUCAGUCCCUGUGAAGACAAUGACAAAUGUUCGUUUUUAUGUUUGUUUGUUUCGAGUAUUUUGUUUUAUGAAGUUACUAUAAAAAAUAAAGAAUAUGUUUGCUAUGUGA